AUGCCCAGUUCGCCACCGUUUCUCAAUUACCGAGCCGGUGUAGCGGUUGGGUCCACAUUUUACAUGCCGUUCAUCAACGAGAGCUCGUUCUGUUAUGCUUACGAUCUUCACUCGGGCGUCUGGUCUUUUCACAAGCUCCAUUUGAUUGAGCAUGAUGUAAUUUAUCCUCAAGUUACUUGUGCAGCCGUUCUCGGGAAAAAGAUUUACUUAGUGUGUGGCCGCCUGUUGAACUCGUACACUUUAUCUAAUGGCAUGAUUGAGAUAGAUACAACCAAUUUUAAUAUGCGUAUCGUUAAGGACGCUAAAGGAGUACCGCCUCGUCCACGUCAUGAGCACUCAAUUGAUGCUAUAGGCGACAGGUAUUUAGUGUUAUUCGGUGGAUUAUGCUACAACUCAGUAGGUGAGAAUGACGUGUUUGUAUAUGAUCAACAUGAGAACAAGUGGUUUAUUCCGCCUAUUAGCGGCUAUAUAGUAUUCGAUGAUUUACAUAAACUGGAUUGUGAGACGUGGACAUGGUAUAAAUACGACCAUCCUGAGAAAGAGCGGUAUUUGCGGCAUCAAACAUCAGAAAAGGAAACAGUGAAUUCACCACAAGAGGACUAUGUUAUACCAACCUAUGGAGACAGUCCUUAUGAUCGUUUUCAGGCCUUUAUGUGCAGCCAUGGUAGCAAAUUGAUUAUAUUUGGUGGGCAUUCCAUCCGUGAAGACGACGAUGACAAUGAGAUAUUAUGCAGCUAUUCGGUAGACGAAUUGUGUAUUUUCAAUACCAAAAGAAAAGUUUGGUCUACAACUAGAGCAGCAAUAAUAGAUAGAGCGGAUGAGCCCGUGACAGUAUCUGACAUGAGCAUAGCUCAGUUUCUUAUCGAUUCCAAUGGACUUCGCGUUUUUAUUAUUGCUGGACGUAAAGCGCCUGAA